UCCCACAUCAAACAGCCCUGCGCUUGCUUCAAAAGGCUACGAGGAGCGCCGGAGAGAAGGAGACAGGUAUUGGAGGUCCACUCCCAAGCCAAAGGCCACCUUGCAGGCAGGCAGGCGCUUUGUUGAACGUGGUCAUCAUCACCCUCAGCCACAGCCGGCUUCCCAGCUUGCCUGCCUCCUCCUUUCCCUCCCUGGCCUGAUGCGGAAGAGAGCACACAGCGCCUUCUUCCCAUGCCCAGCUGGGUGAAUCAUGCGCUUCCUGCCUUCCCCGGGGAAGCAGCAUGAAACAGCCGGUGUGUGGCUCAGCGAAGGGGUUAAUGGGACAAGCAGCAACAAGGAGCCCGGGAAGGCGGGCCGAGGGCGUGUGACGGCAGGUCGGGCCGGGAGGAGCAGUGGAUUACUCAGGUCCUUCUCCUGUUCAUGCGCCUCUUUCCCCGGCUUGCAACCGGAUGAGUUCAUUCCAGGCGGAGAACCUGCCGGGCUCCAGCUGGCCGGCCGGCAAAAGCCCUCCAGAGCGGAAACCCUGAGCCAGAAGGCCCACCAGAUCACCGAGGCAGCCGGGCAAGCCUUCAAACCUGCCCUCCUUUCCUCUCCUGUCCAGAGAAGUUGUGGAUCCAAGACAAGAGAGGGUCAGAUCCCGGCUGAACAGCCAAGAGAACUCUGCCCCGGCAGCUGCUAUUUACUUAAUGCCGGAGGAGUUUCGUCACCUUCUUUGUCAAGUGUUCACAUGGGGAAUUGGAAAGGAAAGGAAAAGAGGUGAAGAACACAGAAGCUUGUUGUGGGAAAGGACGGAAGAAAAACAGGAUUUCGACAUAGUUGAAACGGAGGGCGAGGGUGUUUUGACGGUGGUUGUGUCUUGUUUUUUAGCCAUUUUCCAAGAGUUUGGGGUUUGAGAGAAGACUGGACAAAUCUCUCCCCCCCCACCCGGUGCUUUUCAUCCAACUGAGAUGAGAUGAUGAACCAACAGAAGGAUCGGAUUCGUCACUGAAAGACCUCAAAGGGUCAAGUCCCUUUUGGGGAAAACUGGGGAAAGGGGAAACCAUUCACAGGGACUUGAGAAAGAAGGUUUUUUUCCAGCUGCGAAUUGACCCACUCAGAGAAACCUGACCCUAACUUAUUUCUUUAAAAUAGUCCACUUGCUUUAUUUAUUCUUUGUUGACGGACGCCGGGAAGCAUGGCCCUCUCCCAGGUGCAGUGUCUGGACAACAGCCACGUGAACUGGCGGUCCAGCGAAUCUAAGCCGGAGUUUUUCUACAGCGAAGAGCAGAGGCUGGCCUUGGAAGCCCUGGUGUCCAAAGGCCCGGACGCUUUCUACGAAGUCCUCAAGAAGGAGAACAUCCGCGACUUCCUUUCCGAGCCGGAGCUCAAGAAAAUCUUGGACUCCCUGGAAACGUACGACCCGGGCUCGGAGUAUUUUCCCCGGGGGGACGAAGGUGUGGAUCGCCAGAGCCAAAACAGCGAACAGGAACCGGCGCCUUCGUUGGCGUACUGGCCGGAGAAGUCGGACCGGUCUAUCCCUCAACUGGACUUGGGCUGGCCGGAGACCAUCGCCUACCGCGGGGUGACCCGGGCCACCGUCUACAUGCAGCCCCCCAUGGACUACCAGCCUCACAUCAAAGAGGUGGUCCGCAAGAUGAUCUGCCAGGCUCAGAAGGUGAUCGCCGUGGUCAUGGACAUGUUUACGGACGUGGACAUUUUCAAGGAUCUCUUGGAAGCCGGCUUCAAGCGGAAAGUGGCCAUCUACAUCAUUGUGGACGAGUCCCAUCUGAAAUAUUUCCUCCAGAUGUGCGAACGGGCCCAAAUGCACACCGGCCACCUCAAGAAUCUCCGUGUGCGCACGACCGGAGGGACGGAGUUUUUCACCCGCUCGGCCACAAGGUUCAAGGGCGCCUUAACACAGAAGUUCAUGUUUGUUGAUGGCGACAAAGCCACGUGCGGGUCCUACAGCUUCACCUGGUCGGCAGCCAGAACGGACCGCAACGUCAUCACGGUCCUCUCGGGCCAGGUGGUCGAGGCCUUUGACAAGCAGUUCCAGGAGCUGUACCUCAUGUCUCGGGGGGUCAGCCUGAGCUCCGUCCCCAUGGACGAAGAGCCGGAACCAGAACCGCUGAUUCUGCCCUCGCUGGCGCCCGUCAACCAAGACCAAGCCGUCAUGAAGAGGAUGGUGAACCCCAAGUACGCCCUGGUCAAGGCCAAGAGUGUGGAGCAGAUCGUCCACAGCAAAGAGGGCAGCGAGCAGAAAGCCACCCAGCUGCCAAAGGCGGCGGUCAAGGGCAAGGCCGGCCCGGAGGGCCAUGUCGCUGAGCGGCCGAGCGGUCUAGCGGAGACGGCGCCGCCGAUCCACCCGGGGCUCUUGAACUUGGAGAAAGCCAACAUGUUCGAUUACCUGCCCACUUGGGUCGAGCCCGACCCGGAACCCGGGAGCGAGGUGUUGGGGUAUAUCAACAUCAUCGACCCGAAGGUCAAGAUCAUCCAGCCCUCGCAAAUGAAUCGCAUCAAGGUGUGCGACGUCUCGCAGGCCAGCGCUCAGCACAGGCAGAAGCUCAAACAGAAGGCGCAAGAAGGGAGGAGAAGCAACGGCCGCCCCACUAACCUGACCCCCUCUCCCCACCAGCUGGAGAAGCCCUGCCCCAAAGUAGUCCCAAACCAGGAGACCUCUCCAAACCUCGUCGCCCACCCUGUCAAACAGACCUGCGGACACCCUGCCAAUGGAGGCGGCUUCGCCACUGUGGCCAGCAACGGUCAACCCUCAAAGCAGCCGCACGACGCACAACCGGAAGACCGGACGGACCACGGCGUGGCUCCCCCAAUCCCGAAACCGCGGACAGUCCCUGUGACGGACUUUAUCUCCAUGAAAACCGCACAGACCGAGGAAGGAGGUGCCCCGCAGGAUGUGACCCCGGCCCAGCCCUCUGGGGCUGACGGAGCAAACGCCGACGUGAGCCCUGAAGGAAGCCAGCCGGUUUCAGGGACGGGGAACUCGCGCGCGCUGAGCAGACAGGCGGCUGUGUCUCAGGUGACCCCGGUGAACGGGGUGCAAGGGGGUGCAGCUGGAGAGGACGAGGAAGAGGAGGACUACGUGACCGUCAGCGACCAAGAGAGCUGCUCCGGAAGCUCCGCCGAGCGCAGCCACCGGCACUCGGACGCCUCUUCUGUCUCGGAGGAGUGCUUCGAGGUGAGAUCCCACCCGGGGCUUCUGAGGAGGACCAAUUCGGACUUCCUCGUCAACGGAGGGACGGGCAGCCUUCCCCCCUGGUCUCACCUUCAACGCAAGCUGAGCGAGCCCCACAUGAGCCGGGGGACCUUCGUAAGCCCCCUCGGCAGCCCGCAACCCACGCUCGGCUUGGCCCUGGAGGAGGCCCGGCAGAAGAGGCGGGAAGGCGACGGCGGGGAGGACGCGAGGCGAGUUUUGGGAAGGGGCCAUCACCGGCACGCCUUGCCCGACGGCUACAAUACCUGUCCGAGCAAUGCUCCACAGGGCUCGCCACUGUUCUGCUACGGAACCCGGGUGCAAGGGUCCGGCCAGAGAGGCCGAAGCGGAAGCCAGCCGGGGAAAGGCCCCGAAGACAGCAAAUACCCCCGGGACGGAACCAGGGUCAAAAAACUGCCCCCGGGCCCAACUGGCCAGGCGUAUUGGCAGAGCAAAACCUUCACCUCUCCUAAGAACUCGCAGCCUGGCCGUUCGCCCCAAGGGGGGAGAGGGGGUCCACCGAGAGCAGCCGGCCAGGCCCUCUCCCCAUUCCACGAAAGCCAGAGGGCACCGGAAGAUAUGAAGACGCCCCUCGGCAUCCCUCUCUCUAAAUUAUCGCAGACCAAACACCUAAAGAGCAAGGUAAACCAGUGGUCGGAUUCGAAACGGAAACCUCAGGGACCCAUGAGCCAUAAGGAUCCUUGACCCCUUAAGAGGCACCCUUCUAGCGUUUGGGAUAUUUUUAAAGAACGAGAGAGAGAGAGAGAGAGAGAGAAAGCGUCAGCAAGG